UCGCGGUGUGGCGGGGCGGUGUCCCGGUGUCCCCCCGGGGCUCGGGGGGCCGGUGAUGCGGGCUCUGAGGGCGCUGCGGCCCCGCAGGCUCCUGGCGAUGGCGGCGGCUCCCGGGGGGUCCCGGCGGGGCCCGGUGCUGACCCCCGAGUCGAUGAACCCCGCGAUUCGCCGCGUGGAGUACGCGGUGCGCGGCCCCAUCGUGGUGCGAGCGCUGGAGCUGGAGCAGGAGCUGCGCAAGGGUGUCUCCAAGCCCUUCACCGAAGUCAUCAAGGCCAACAUCGGUGACGCGCACGCCAUGGGCCAGCAGCCCAUCACCUUCCUCCGCCAGGUGGCCGCGCUCUGCCUGUGCCCGGAGCUCAUGAAGGACUCGUCCCUCCCCAGCGACGCCAAGGAGCGAGCGCGGCGACUUCUAUCGGCCUGCGGUGGCCAGAGCGUGGGUUCCUACAGCGCCAGCCCCGGCGUGCAGAUGGUGCGGGAGAACGUGGCGCGCUACAUCGAGCGGCGCGAUGGUGUCCCCGCCAGCCCCGACGACAUCUUCCUGUCCACGGGCGCCAGCGACGCCAUCGUGAACAUCCUGAAGCUGUUGGUGUGCGGUUCGGGCUCGUCUCGCACGGGUGUUCUGAUCCCGAUCCCGCAGUACCCGCUCUACUCGGCGGCGCUGGCGGAGCUGGACGCGGCGCAGGUCCGUUACUACCUGGCCGAGGAGCGCUGCUGGGCGCUGGACGUGGCCGAGCUGCGCCGGGCGCUGGACGAGGGGCGCCGCCGCUGCUCGCCGCGGGUGCUCUGCAUCAUCAACCCCGGCAACCCCACCGGCCAGGUGCAGAGCCGGGAAUGCAUCGAGGACGUCAUCAAGUUCGCCUACGAGGAGAAGCUUUUCCUCAUGGCCGACGAGGUGUACCAGGACAACGUCUACGCCAAGGGCUCGGCCUUCUACUCGUUCAAGAAGGUCCUGAAGGAGAUGGGGCCGCCCUACUCGGAUUCGGUGGAGUUGGCCUCCUUCCACUCCAUCUCCAAGGGAUACAUGGGAGAGUGUGGGCUGCGGAGCGGUUACGUGGAGGUGGUGAACCUGCACCCCGAGGUGAAGGCCGAGCUCUCCAAGCUCGUGUCGGUCCGGCUGUGCCCGCCCGUGCUGGGACAGAUGGUCCUGGACACCAUCAUGGAUCCGCCAAAGCCCGGAGAUCCGUCCUACGAGCGCUUCCAGGCUGAGAAGGAGGCCGUGCUCAGCGCCCUGGCGGAAAAGGCGCGGCUGACGCAGGAGAUCUUCAACCGGACCCCGGGGAUCCACUGCAACCCCGUGCAGGGAGCCAUGUACUCCUUCCCCCGGAUCGACCUCCCGGAUGGAGCGCUGGCUGCCGCCAAGGAGAAGCAGCAGGCCCCGGACAUGUUCUUCUGCAUGAGGCUCCUGGAGGAAACCGGGAUCUGCGUCGUCCCGGGAAGCGGCUUCGGACAGAAGGAAGGCACCUUCCACUUCCGGAUGACGAUCCUGCCUCCCACGGACAAACUGAAAAUCCUCCUGGAAAAACUCAGCGCCUUCUACACCAAAUUUGUCAAGGAAUUCUCUUAAAAUUCCCGCCUGGAAUUCCCACCUGGCUUUUCCGGGUGUUUUUUCUUUUUGGGAAUUGCGGGGCAGGUCCCCCCCAGUGUUCCCAAAUAAAGGACAGUGACCAGCCUCGCCUUUUUC